GUCAUACACGUGACUCCCUCUGGUAUAUUUAAAUCUAUAUGGGAAGUCUAAAAAAAACCCAACAUGACAACCAAAAUCCAUCAUUAUGAUUCCAUUCUUCUACAUGCAUUUUUUUGGGGGGUUCUUCUUUAGAGAUUGCGUCUCUCUGUGAUUGGACGUCAGUGUGCCAGAUGUGACAUCAAUAUAGCCCAACCCAACUGAAAUACUCCCCACUGCGCUGGAUUGCAUAUGAAAUACAUGUUAUAGCCAGAUUUCACCUCCAGGCUGUGUGUUUGUGUGUUUGUGUGUUUUACACUCAGGGGAGAUUGCCACAUCUGUGAGUUUGUCCACAGUUGCCGCUGGGUCAGAUGCUUCGCCUCUCUGUCAUCACAGCCUCCCUUCUCCCUUCUGCUUCUUCUUCUUCUCCUAAUUCUGUCCUUCAUUUCCCCCUUGCUACCUCUUUUUACAAUUUGUUUUUGGCUUUGGUCCUUGUUAUACCCCAGUUUGCCAUUAUUUCCUGCCUUAAGCAUUCCAUCUUGCCCCUCCUUUCCCUGCCUCGCUUCCUAUUUCAUCUCCCAGUUCAUUCUUCUCAUCUGUCUUCUGUGUGUCACCCCUCUCUGUUUCCCCUCUUAAACUACAAGUAGUACUCCUCCAUCCUUUUCCCUCCUUUCAUUUCCCCUGUCCCCCCUCUUUCCUCCCUUCACUCAGUCCCAUCACUGACCCAAUUAAACAUGGGGAGGGACACAGCAGGAGGAGAGUGACGGAGAUAAGGCGAGAAAGAGAGGGAGAGGGAAAGAAGGCAGAGAGUAUAGAGAGAGUUUGAGAAUCAGUAGCUGGAAAAGCAGAGAGAGUCAGAAACAAUUCCUGCCAACCUGCCAGGGCACACAUGAAUUGUCCGAACUUCACCUGUAACUUAAACAACCUUUGACAGCCUUGGAGGCGGCGGGGGUGGAGCAGCAAGUCGACAGUCCUGCUGCCACGCACUUACCGUUCUCGAUGAAGAAACGAGGAGAAUAACAAUCUACCUUCAGUGAAGAAAGCGGGCGGGGAGCCGUGCAGAGUUGGGAUGGCCAAAUACCGGAAUAUAGAGGGAGACUGAGAGGAGAGGCUGAAGAGACGAAGACGGUGCAUUCCUGGUUGGAGCUGAGGAGGGGAACGUGGUUGCCCCGGGGCAAGAGAAAGAUUUUUGUUGGCAGAAACAGAGGGAGAGCGGAAGGGGGAAAGGAUGCAUCUGUUCUUCCAAGACAAGUGGGAGGUGGAGGGGCUGCAGACUGUGGGCAUCCUCCUGGUGGUCUGCAGCUCCCUCAAACUGAUGCACUUUCUGGGGCUUAUCGACCUUUCCACGGCAGGUAAGACAAAUGACAGCGUGGAAGAUGACUUUGAGCUAUCCACUGUGUGUCAUCGCCCUGAAAGCAUGGACAAGCUGCAGGAGCAGACUAAGUUCACCAAGAAGGAGCUGCAAGUCCUCUACAGGGGCUUCAAAAAUGAGUGUCCAAGUGGUGUGGUGAAUGAGGAGAACUUUAAGACCAUUUACUCCCAGUUCUUUCCGCAGGGAGAUUCGAGUAUGUAUGCACACUUCCUGUUUGAAGCUUUCGACACUAACAAGAACGGCUCAGUUAGUUUUGAGGACUUUGUAUUUGGCCUAUCUAUCAUCCUGAGAGGGACCAUUAAUGACCGGUUAAACUGGGCGUUUAACCUCUAUGACUUGAACAAGGACGGCUGCAUCACCAAAGAGGAGAUGUUGGACAUCAUGAAGUCGAUCUAUGACAUGAUGGGGAAGUACACAUACCCCACUAUGCAGGACGAUGCUCCAAGAGAACAUGUGGAGAGCUUCUUCCAGAAAAUGGACCGGAAUAAAGACGGGGUGGUCACCAUAGAGGAGUUCAUCGAGUCAUGCAAAAAGGAUGAGAACAUCAUGCAGUCCAUGCAGCUGUUUGACAACGUUAUCUAAGAAUCUGGACCAGAAAGUAUGCUGGCACCAGGGAGGGGAGUGUGUGUGUGUAAGAGGAAUUGGGAUUGAAAAGAGAGACAGAGUUUGUGAAUGUGUGUGUGCGUGUGGCCGUCUUCUGACUUGCAAGCUUGUGCUUGUGUGUCUGUUGAGAGCUGUGAUUCCCGAGGGCACUGAGAGGCCCUCUCCCUCGUCCUGGACACCCAGUGACAUUUCUCCACGCAACAGUGGAGUUGCCCCAACUCCCUUCCUCAUCAUGCAGAACCUUAGUUAUACCCCAGAGACACAGAGAAAGAAGGCAAGCAGCGGUCUCACAGGCACUGGCACACACAACCACUUUUUUUAUUUGAACUUUAUUUAUUACUAUUACUUAUGGAGGAACUAUGUCAGCCUGUAAUGGCUCAACUCAGAGGGACGAAGCUGUCCCCAAACCUUUGUUCCAAGAUCACUUUUUCCCUUUUCCCUGUGAUGGCUGAGAUUUGGAUUUGUGAAUCUGAUCCUGCCUUUGUGCAUGUGGGUAACACCUCCCUGAAGCCGAUAGACUGCUCAUGCCCCGGUCAUAAAAAUAGAAAUGAGUCUACCACCAUCUAGUGGACGAGAGAGAGAAAGACACUUCCUGAGGAAACAACUGACGAAUUGGAGAUCCAAGUCAUCACGUUUUAUGGAGGUUCAAACGUGUUGUUUUCCAUGAGGAGCUGAUUUCAAUAUCGCAUGAUGAUGUCACUAAUAUCCAAUUAUGUAUUUACAGAGAUACUCCAAAGUCUGCUUGUCUGUCUGCUGUUCCUAGUCAUUCACAGGUGCCUCACCCUUUGUGUAUGUGUGUGCAUGUGUAACAGAAAGAGAUGUCAUCCAUCUUACCUAUGUAAGACUGUAAUGGGACAACACCCACCUCCAUUUAUGGGAUUCUGGUAGAAUAAUUCCCGGCCUUCCAAACUAUCACAGUCCUAGUCGUAGGUGUCUAAUGACUGUUGUACAUUUUCUAGCAUUCCCAGUGGUGUGAUACUAGGCGGUACAACGUGGUGAUGGCACUAUAAUUGACAAGCUGUUUUGACCAUCCCAGCUUCCCUCAACACAGGACUGGCAUACCACAGUCGUACUAGUCUAUCAGUACACAUCCAAGGGGAAUUUAUUAGAUUGCAGAUUGUAUUUGUGAACUUCUUGUAAUCUGAAUUGUCAUGUGGUUGUAGCAGGUUCUACCACUUUAAAAAAAAGAUAUCAAAACCCUUGUUACAUUCAAUUAGGCUCAUUCAAUUUCAAAGAGGCAUAGUAUGUGUGUGUACUGUUAGUGAGAGAGACAUGGUUUAAUAACAGUUUCUUUUAUGAUCCCUCCCCCAGACCCAACCCAGCUCAUCCCAGCCCCAUUCUAGCCCACCCCAGCCCCAUUCCAUAUUCUCCCUCUCUCUGUAACACCAAAGAGAAGAUAUAAAUUAGAGGUUUAUAAAGCCACCCUAAGUUAAGACAAAAAGCCCACCCGUGGGUGAAGAGAGAGGGAGAUGCUGUGUAGUAAUAAAGGCAAGGGGCAAUCAGAGGUAAAAUGGCAAUGUGGUUCACCUGCACACUGUCAGGACCAAAGUGUAGCUAACCCACAUGUUAGGCUCUGAUGAAUCAAUUAUUUUUAGGAGGAUUUACAACCACUUAUUAAAUUGCUUCUUUUCAAAGUGAACCUACUCUUAAAUAUAAGAUGGUGUACGUAGAAAAAGCCCUCAAGCUGCAAUUAAAUAGGCUGUGGUGUCUUUUAAAUGCAGAGAGACUAACAUGGAAUAGCAAUAAUGUUCUCAACCACUUAUCAGCACCUUUCCACUUAUCCAACCCCUCAUUCAUUUCAGAGCUCAGUAUAAGGGUGCACUAAGACCCUGAUGAAAAUAUGCACUUACCCACCCUGCAAUUUGUUUUUGUUUUUUUCUAUUCUGCAAUUUUUUUAUUUUCUGUGGGAAAAAAGUGGUUUGGCUCUGAUUGUUCCUUGCCAACAGUCUGUUACUUCCAUUCCUGACCACAAGUAAAACCUGUCUAUACCCGCAUGUACUGUGUCUAGAACAAUGAAAACCUACUAACCCGUUGUACUGACUGUCUAGUUAGCUAGCCUCAACUGGUUGCAUUACGUAUUCAAAAUGUAUAUUUUGUACAGAGACAAUAAAAAUCACGGUUACUAUGCAAAAUGGA